AUGGGCCACGGAGAAGAGCCGUUAACCGCGACGUAUAAAACUCAAAGACCUCCAUGGAUCGGUCUCUGGAGCGACCGUGAAUACAAGGGACGCCCAGAUUGGUGGAAGGAGCCAGGACUCGAAGAUUCAGUUACCCGCUCCGGAAAACUUCGUCUCUAUAGAGCUCGUUUCCGCGAGGAAGAUCCAGAUUGGUAUGAUCCAAAGGUGAAAGAUGGAGAAUCGCUCGCUGGACCAUUUGGACUUGACUCCAAGAAGAACAAGAACCUCACCAAGAAGGGAGAUCAGCCAGGAGAUCUUGCUGACUUCCAAAACAAAGUUUACGAAGGAUCGCAUCAAUUCAAAUCCAUUGCUGAAAAGUUCGGACUCAGCAAGGAACAUCCAGGACUGGAUGUCAGCCCAACUAUGAAUGAUUUGAUCAAAACUCCAAAGGGUCAAUUGGGAAGAAAUGCAGUUCUCACCAACUCUUGGUAUCACUUCGGCCCACGAUUCUUCGAUACUCCACUCAACGAGGGAGCAUUCUGGAAGGGACUUGCUGCCGCUAAAUAUGCCGGAAUUUUGUUGGCUCCAUACACCAUUCUCGAGAUCCGUGCUCUUAACACUGUCUCUGUUGCCGAAUUCUCGCCAAGGACAUAUUUGAAGAGAUAUCUUCAACUUGCUCCAUUCCCAUUGGCCGUCGCUUUCGCAUGGGGUUUCACUCUGUCAGCUGCCGCCACUAUCCGUAAUAAGGAUGAUGUCAACAAUCAUUGGUUCGCCAGUGCCGCUGUUGGAUCGACCGUUGCCACAAUGAAGAGCAAUGUGGCACUUGGAACAUCCGCUGCUAUCUUCACUGCCAUCCUCGGAGCCUUCUGGCAGUAUCAACGACACUCCGAGACUGGACUCCAAGGAAUGACCGCCCAUCCACAGUCGUCUGGAAUCUGGGGAGGACCACUUCUCUGGCAAAAGAUGCAACUCGGAGAUUCCGACGUUCCAAAGACACGAUACUGA